UUUGUUAUUUCAUAAUAGGAUUUAGAAGUUAUUGUACAGACAUUACUUCAUAAAACAGGCGAAAGUGUUGGUUUCAUUAGAGAUGAUAUUGAAAAGGCAAUGAAUAAUAUGAUUGAAGAAGUUUCAUCAAAUAAAGCUAUUUUAGCUGUCAUUUUAGGAGGUGGUAGUCAUCGUAAUGGUGCUGUUCGAAAGACAACUGCUCAAGUUACAGCAACUCUGGUUGAACGUAUUGGAGCUGCAAAAUGUUUAGUUGGACAAAAAGAAAUUACUGAACGUCUUUUGCCUGUGGCAGCACAAUUUUUAAUGGAUGGUGUUCCUCUGACAAGGUAUCAUGGUAGGAGAAUAUUUCAAAUACUGUUACCUCAUCCGUCCUUUGAUAAAAUGUUAACUAAAUAUGUUCAUCAAACAACAGUUCGAAAUAUAAGAGGAAUUCUGGAAACAAUUAGAAAAAAGGGAAUUGGAGAAAUGCCAAGAGAAAGAAUAUCUGCUAAAGUCCACAAAAACAAUUCAUCAAGAAGUGCAAUACCAAGUAGAACAGUGCCAUAAUAUAGUGUCAUAAUUGUUUUUGUAGUAACUGCUAAGUCAAUAUUGCAAAAAUUUCCUCCAAAGAAAAAAAAACAAAAAAAAAAAAAUUAUAUAGAAUCUAAUUUUAAAACAUUUGUUGACAUUUGCAAUAUAUUUUGUAUGUAAAACAUGCAGUACCACAUACUAUGGGACAAAUAUAUGGACAACAAAUAAUGUACAGUUUUAAUACAUAAAAAUGUUUGCUAGUUACAUUAUAUAAUAUAUACGUAUACAAGAGUUAAAAUAUUUAAACUUGUAAAUUAUAGUUUGAGAAUUUUCAGCAUGCUUUUCCUAUAUUAAACAUAAAUGUUUUUGUUGUUUUAAUAGAGAUUAGAAUUAAAAUGUAAAUAAUUGAAUUUUGUAAAAGUAUGAAAUAAUUUGUUUUGCAAGC